AUGAAUGAAGCUGGAGAGGGCACCACCACAGAGAUGGCCACCUCAGUCUCUCCCCAAGCCGCGCAGGAACAACUCAUAUCGUUGGGAAGCGGAGAUCCUCCAGGGGCUCUAGUGGCAGGCACCCUGAGCGGGGACCCGAUCACGAAGGCCGCUGUAGCAGGGGGCACCAAGGGAAAGGCUCCCAAGAAGGUCAUCGCCAAGAGGGUGCGAGGCUCCGUCAAAUGGUUUAAUGUGAAGAAUGGGUACGGCUUCAUCAGCAGGCAUGAUACUCAGGAAGAUGUGUUCGUUCACCAGACCGCUAUCACCCGGAACAAUCCUCACAAGUACCAACGCAGUGUGGGCGAUGGAGAGACGGUUGAGUUCGAUGUGGUGCAAGGUGAGCGGGGCACCGAGGCUGCUAACGUUACUGGACCGGAGGGUGCUCCAGUCGAGGGCAGCCGCUAUGCCGCUAACCGUCCCCGCUUCCGCCCAGGCUGCUACAUUCACCACCGUGAGCCACCACCAGGAAGAUCCCGGGACGCCAAGGACCAUCUGGAUGAAGGUGAGGACAGCUGCGCGGGCUUCACCGCAUGCUUCACGGUAGCCCAGGCUCCGCGGCGCUACCUUCCCAGUCGACCUCAAGAUCAACCACUGUGGCGCUUCCCACCGGUCCGCAGGCCCCAGGUCCUGGCGCUCCGCCCAUCGCUCAUCCCUCACCCCCAUGGCCCAUGGGCCCCUCGCCUGGCCUGGUCCGUGCCAGCCUCAAAGCCUGAGGUUGCACCGAGGCGGGGGCUGGGCCCCAGCUACUUGCUGAGUCGCCCGAGGGGCAGGGGCAUACCUCAGGAGCCAGCACCCUCACCAGCCAACUCUGAGGAGCUGGAGGCAGAAAACAAGGAGGGCACUCGCAAAGCAGGCAGCCCUCAGCAGAGACCCCCACCGCGCUAUGGAUCCCGCCGUCCCAACAACCCGGGCCACAGUCCCCAGAAGGUACAAGACACUGAGAGCCAAGACCUUCAGGAGAAAGAGGAUAAGACCACUGGGAAGGGCCCAGUUGAAAGUCCCAUUUGUGCCGUUGUGCCCGAGAAGAGCGGCGCUGCUGAGAAGGAGGACCCUGACGUCCCAGAUACCCCCUCGGCAGCCCAGGCCCAGUAG